UAAAUACCAUGGACAUUUAUUAUGCAUGGCAGCAACUAAAAACUCUACUCUAUAGUUGAAGAAAGCUUAAUAUAUUCCAAUGGGCAAGGCAGGGCUACUUGUUCUUCUAUACCCAUUACUGCUUGCAGUUCUUCUGCAAAGCUGCCACGGCCAGGAAAGGAAGGUUCACAUUGUAUACAUGGGAGAGCGGCCUCAGGGAGAUUUUUCUGUUUCAUCAACGCACCAUUCCAUGCUAGAAAGAGUACUUGGAAGUACUUCAUUGGCCAAAGAGUCACUAAUCUACAGUUAUGGGAAGAGCUUUAACGGAUUUGCAGCUAAAUUAACUGAUGAAGAAGUUGCAAAGUUCUCAGAGAUGGAAGGUGUAAUUUCAGUGAUUCCAAACCAUAAACUACAGCUUCACACUACAAGAUCAUGGGAUUUCUUGGGUUUCACAAAAGGCAAAGUUGGAAUCCCUCAACAAGGAAAUGUCAUUGUUGGGCUUCUUGACACAGGAAUCUGGCCAGAAUCUGAUAGCUUCAGUGAUGAAGGGCUUAGCCCUCCACCCAGUAAAUGGAAGGGUAUAUGCCAAGGUGCCAACUUCACCUGCAACAACAAGAUCAUCGGAGCCCGUUACUACAACAGCGAAAACGUCUACGACGUCACCGACUUCAAAUCCCCAAGGGACUCUGAGGGUCAUGGAACCCAUACUUCCUCAACUGCUGCAGGGAGGGAGGUAGCCGGAGCGAGCUACUUUGGGCUAGCUGAAGGAACUGCAAGAGGUGGACUUCCCGGCGCAAGGAUUGCCGUGUACAAAGUUUGCUGGUCAACCAGACGAUGUUCCUCAGCAGAUAUCCUGGCAGCAUUCGACGACGCAAUAGCAGAUGGAGUAGACAUUAUUUCGGUGUCCCUCGGUCAUCGUGGGCCCAGGCCUAUCCCAUAUUUUGAAGACCCGGUUGCCAUUGGGUCUUUCCACGCCAUGAGAAACGGCAUUUUGACCUCAUGUUCUGCAGGAAACUCAGGGCCUUGGCCAUCAACCAUCGUCAACAAUGCACCUUGGAUAUUAACAGUUGCUGCCAGCACCAUUGACAGGAAAUUUAUUACCCAAGUUGUGCUUGGCAACGGACAAGUCUACAAUGGUCUCUCCAUCAAUAGCUUCAACCUCGGUGGACAAUCAUUUCCCUUGAUUUGGGGUGGAGAUGCAGCAAACUACUCUGUAGGUGCUGACCCAGCCAUUUCAAAAUAUUGCUCUCCUGGUUCCAUGAAUUCAAACAAAGUACGAGGAAAGAUCGUCCUCUGCGAAAACCCUAGUGAUGGCACCUUUGAAGAUGGCACCGGCAUUCUAAUAGGCCACGGGGUAGGAACCAUUAUUUCGGAUCCAUCCAUUACUGAUUUUGCCAUCAGUUACCCCUUACCAGCGACAGUCAUCAGCACAGAAGACGGCCUCCAAAUUUUGGACUACAUCAGAACAACCGAAAACCCAAUAGCAACUAUUUUGGUUGGUGAGACAUGGAAGGACAUCAUGGCACCUUAUGUUCUAUCACUUUCUUCCAGAGGACCCAACCCUAUCACCCCAGACAUUCUCAAGCCUGAUCUAACCGCCCCCGGAGUGGACAUUCUCGCGGCUUGGUCUCCAGUAGCACCGCCUUCCAUCGACUCUGACGACACUAGGAGCGUCAAAUUCAACAUUAUUUUUGGCACAUCCAUGUCCUGCCCUCACACCAGCGGUGCAGCUGCAUAUGUUAAGGCUGUCCAUCCCGACUGGUCCCCUGCCACCAUUAAAUCUGCCCUCAUGACAACAGCUUACAUUGUGGAUUCAAAGAAGCACCAAGACCUUGAAUUUGCUUAUGGAUCCGGUCAGAUCAACCCAUUGCAAGCCACAGAACCUGGGCUCGUCUAUGAUGCAUCUGAGGUAGACUACAUAGACUUCCUCUGCAAGCAGGGCUACAACACAACCACGCUAAAAUUAAUCACCGGAGACAACAGCAGCUUUUGCAACAGCACAACGCCUGAAAGAGCUUGGGACCUUAACUAUCCCUCGUUCUCCGUAGCUGUGGAAGAUGGCCAGCCGAUUAAAGCUGUGUUCACUAGGACAGUCACCAACGUUGGCUUACCAAACGGUCCAAACUCUACCUACACCUACACCGUCACUGGCUACAUGCCUGCCCCUGUUACCGUUACAAUUGAGCCGUCUGUCUUGUCUUUCUCUGCCAUUGGAGAGAAGAAGUCGUUCACAGUGAAGGUCUUUGGCCCAAAUAUUGCACAGCAGCCUAUCAUGUCAGGAGCGAUCGUGUGGAGUAAUGGGGUUUACGCGGUGAGAAGCCCGGUUGUGGUCUACACGAUUCUCCCUGGUUCUGCAGACUCUUCCUUCUCCAUGCCAUGAAAAACCAUAUUUCAAAGGUUCCUCCUUUUAUCACAAGAAUGGUAUCCUUGGACACGAAUAAUUCCCAUCCAUAGGUUUGCGUUCAUGUGUAUUUGAGAUGGCAUGUCAGUUUUGUGCUGCCUCUAGAAGAUUGACAUAAAACCCAAAUAAUACUGCUUCA